AUGCCACUUACCAUAGAUGAUGUUCCCGACUCGUUUUACGGUUCAUAUGCAAGGAAGCAUAAAGGUGCUACGGAAGCCGAUAUCAUUAAGGCAUAUGAAGAACAAGAAGACGCAACAGAUUAUUAUGGGUUAAUAGAGGCGUUUGUAGAGUAG